AGGUUUUCUCACUUAGUGCUAAAACCCUGAAGAAGAGAAGAGAAUCCAUUUCCAAACCGCCAUGGUUUUCGCUUUGUGCAUCCGCAGGUCAGCUUCUCGUUUAGCUUCUCGUUUGUGUGGUCGCGUGGCUCGAUCCCAGGCCAUCUCUUCCGUCGCCGUCGUCAACCGCUCGUCUCUGCUUCGUCCUUUCGUAUCUCGUAGCUUCCUCUAUUCGACGACGUCUACUGAUGAGCGAUUAAAGUCCGAUCAAACGCUUAUCCAAGUGAUUGACUCCGAAAUCAAAGAUGCCGAUUUGGGUGAAGAAGAGACUCCAGGUUCUGAUGACUUUCCUUUUAAGAUUGAAGAUAAUCCUGGUCACAGGACUGUAACGUUGACUAGAGAGUACAAUGGAGAGCAGAUUAGAGUAGAAGUAAGCAUGCCUGGUUCCAUGGACGAACAUGAAGACGAUGUUGAUGACAAUGAAGAUGGUCGUAAUGAGAAAGCUAACGAGACGAGCAUUCCGCUAGUUGUCACUGUGACUAAGAAGAGUGGUCUCAGCCUUGAGUUUAGCUGCACUGCUUUCCCUGAUGAGAUUGUCAUUGAUGGUUUGUCUGUGAACCAUCCAGAGAAGUCUUCUUCCUCCGAAGAAGAACAAUUGGCAUAUGAUGGACCUGAUUUUCAAGAGUUGGAUGAGAAUAUGCGCAAGUCAUUCCACAAGUUCCUCGAGGCCAGAGGAAUCAAACCAAGCGUGACGGAUUUGAUGUAUGAGUACAUGAUGAAGAAAGAUAGCAGAGAGUACUUGCUAUGGUUGAAGAAUCUCAAAAACUUCAUCCAAGAAUGAGUGAAGAUUGAAGACACACUAAGAAGAGUAGUUUUUAUGGUUUCAGUUGUGUUCUACUGACAUCUAAAUCGUCUUUUGAAAGUGAAAUUCGAAUUUGAGUCAUUCUAAUCUUCUUUUGCAUAAAGAAAUGAUAAAAAAAGUAAAAACAGAAUGUUACAUUGGCUUAUUAGGAGUUUUUUCUUUCUGAUAAACACUUUACUAUUA